GUUGUGGAACGUGAUAAAGCAUGUACAAUUGAUCUUAUGAAGUAUUUAUUGAGCUAUGCAAGCAAUCCUAGUGCAUGCCCAGGAAGGAACAAUUUAUACAGUAGAGAGCUUGUAGAACUAUCUGUUAGGAAUCUAUUGAGAGAAUUGGCUGAAGUAAGAGUUUCAGCACCGAAGAGACAGCUGACAGGAGGCGAGUGGGAGUGUCCUCAAUGUGAUUUCUUUAACUAUGGAAGGAACUUGGUCUGCUUAAGAUGUGAUUGCAAACGACCUGGUGAGGCUUCAUUCGAUAAUUUCAAAUCCAGACCAGAGCUGGGAUAUUCUAAUGAGAACUACACAAAUAAGGCUAAUGUUGAUAGCAGGUUGGCUGAGAAUGAAGAGAAGGCACAGAGGUGGUUGAGUACGGUUUCUCAAAUGGAUAAAGCCUCUGAUUUGAGCAGUGUGGCGGCUGAUGCAGAUUUUCCUGAGAUCAUGCCAUUGAGGAAAGGAGAAAACAGAUUUGUUGUAAGCACAAGGAAGACACCCUUGGAGAGAAGGAUGGCUAAUUCUCAAUAUCAAAGGAACUUAAAUAAUGAUGGGACUAGGGAACGUAGUAAUUCUCAAACUGGGGUGCAAAUGAGAACCUUGAUACUUCAAUCAGCCAGAGUUUGGACCGGAUACUUGGUCGCACAUUCUUCACAGUAUGCACACCCCAGGGCGACCAAUUCAAGUUAUGUUCCAUUCGUGCCAUUACCUGCUGAUAUGUUUGCCAAAAAACCUCAAAAUGCAAAUAUUGUGGAUAGUGAAACAGAAGGCUGCAAAUCUGUGUCUAAAGUGGUGAGUCUGGAAAACUUGGAGAGAGUUUCUCAGUUCUGUGGAAAAACAGCAGCUCAAGCUGAGAACAAUGAUAACGAAAAAGAACAUGCUGAAAAGUCUGAAAGAUGGUUUAAGAGGGUAGCAGCGCUGCAUGAUGUCACAGACCUAUCAAGUGCUAUUGCAGAUGAGAAUUUCCCGAAGGCAAGCAAUCCUAAGUUUGUCCCAUUCGUUCCGUUCCCACCUGACUACUUUGCAAAUAAGAACAAACUGCAGCCAGAGGGCAAAGAUUCAAUCAUAAAACCUACGGGUGAAACUUCUUCCAUUUCUACCACUCCGGAGAAGUUCCCUGAAAAGUCAGAUGAUGCUAGACCUGGAGCAUCUAAUUUGAGUCAAACGCAAAGACCAGAAAACCAACAGACCAGCUCAGGAAUUGGAAUUCAAAACCUUGUGGGGACUAUGGGGCACCAGUUGUUGGAAAUUUGA